GGCAAGGUGGAUUUAGUGCCAGCACUGCGUGACGUAGUUUUAUCGCGCCGCUUCCAGGCUUCCCAAGGUGUCACUUCCGGGGCACGGUUUGUGAGAAGCCAGUCAUCUGUCAGGAAGGCUGAGAUCCCUGGGGAUCCUUCUACACUGCCAGCCGCCAUUCAGACCCCUGCCAGGGGGUCCAAGCGUCCCUUCCCCGAGUGUGAGGAUGAGUAACGCCAAGCGGAAAGAGGAGCAGCCCGUGUCCAACGGAGGAGUGAAGGGGAAAGUGUCUCCCUGGAGCAAAGCCUGGAGGGCGGAUGCAGCAUGGGAAGACAAGGUACUGGUUACUAUACAUAUAACAGGACACAGCAACCUCCCCGGGUUACUAUACAUAUAACAGGACACAGCAACCUCCCCGGGUUACUAUACAUAUAACAGGCAACCUCACCGGGUUAUUAUACAUAGAUAGCAACCUCACCGGGUUAUUAUACAUAGAGAGCAACCUCACCGGGUUAUUAUACAUAGAGAGCAACCUCACCGGGUUAUUAUACAUAGAGAGCAACCUCACCGGGUUAUUAUACAUAGAGAGCAACCUCACCAGGUUAUUAUACACAGAGAGCAACCUCACCGGGUUAUUAUACAUCGAUAGCAACCUCACCGGGUUAUUAUACAUCGAUAGCAACCUCACCGGGUUAUUAUACAUCGAUAGCAACCUCACCGGGUUAUUAUACAUCGAUAGCAACCUCACCGGGUUAUUAUACAUAGAGAGCAACCUCACCGGGUUAUUAUACAUCAAUAGCAACCUCACCGGGUUAUUAUACAUCGAUAGCAACCUCACCGGGUUAUUAUACAUCGAUAGCAACCUCACCGGGUUAUUAUACAUCGAUAGCAACCUCACCGGGUUAUUAUACAUCGAUAGCAACCUCACCGGGUUAUUAUACAUCGAUAGCAACCUCACCGGGUUAUUAUACAUCGAUAGCAACCUCACCGGGUUAUUAUACGUAGACCGCAACCUCACCGGGUUAUUAUACGUAGACCGCAACCUCACCGGGUUAUUAUACGUAGACCGCAACCUCACCGGGUUAUUAUACGUAGACCGCAACCUCACCGGGUUAUUAUACGUAGACCGCAACCUCACCGGGUUAUUAUACGUAGACCGCAACCUCACCGGGUUAUUAUACGUAGACCGCAACCUCACCGGGUUAUUAUACGAAAACCGCAACCUCACCGGGUUAUUAUACGUAGACCGCAACCUCACCGGGUUAUUAUACGUAGACCGCAACCUCACCGGGUUAUUAUACGUAGACCGCAACCUCACCGGGUUAUUAUACGUAGACCGCAACCUCACCGGGUUAUUAUACGUAGACCGCAACCUCACCGGGUUAUUAUACGUAGACCGCAACCUCACCGGGUUAUUAUACGUAGACCGCAACCUCACCGGGUUAUUAUACGUAGACCGCAACCUCCCCGGGUUAUUAUACGUAGACCGCAACCUCCCCGGGUUAUUAUACGUAGACCGCAACCUCCCCGGGUUAUUAUACGUAGACCGCAACCUCCCCGGGCUAUUAUACGUAGACCGCAACCUCCCCGGGCUAUUAUACGUAGACCGCAACCUCCCCGGGUUAUUAUACGUAGACCGCAACCUCCCCGGGUUAUUAGAGAUAGCACUGGACAAAUCAGCCACUGGGAUGUGUAUAUUUGUCUCCCUCCCAGUGUGCGUGCGUGUGUGUAUAUAUAAAUAUAUAUCUCUCUAUCUAUUAUUAUUUUUUUUUAAAUUUAUUUAUAAUAUGCUGCAUAUGUAAAAUUUAUUUAAAGGUGCCAAAUUCCUCAGAGAUAUAUUUGCAGCACAUUAUUCAUGAAAAAUACAUUGAAAAAAAUCAAUACAUAAAAAUAUAUAUAUUCGUUUUUUUCCAAUGUAUUUUCCAUGACUAAUGUUCUGCAAAUAUAAUUGUAUAACUCGUCUGCAAAAAAAAUUAAAUAAAUAAAUAUAUAUAUAUAUAUAUAUAAAUAUAUAUAUAUAUAUAUAUAUAUAUAUAUAUAUAUAUAUAUAUAUAUAUAUAUAUAUAUAUAUAUAUAUAUAUAUAUAUAUAUAUAUAUAUACACUUUGUGUGUGAUCAACAGCAAUUAUUCCACUAUUUUCACAGCUGUUUGUUCCAGAUUUAGGACUUUGCACCGUGGUUUCUUCUUGUGCAAAUAUCUCCUUGAGAUAUAUACUUGUUAAAAUGAAUUGUUAUUGCUGAUGGAGAAGUUCUGCAUUAGCAAUACAGCAAGGAGGUUACGGUGGUUAGACUGCUCCCAAUCUGAGAAUUUCAUAAAGAUAAAAACUUUAUGAAAUACUCUCAUUAUUUCGCAGCCCAGUCAAAAUAUAUUCUAAAGUAAAGUAGGGACUAUUUUGUCUUAGUAUUUUCCUAAGCUUGACAAAAAGACAGAGCUUAUUGUCAAGACCCAGCUCUACUGAUGGCUGAGGGUGGAAAAGCUCUGUCUAAGCAGGGUCCUUUUAUAGACCUCAAAGUUGUAUUCGUACAUGCAUGAGAGUACAGCGCUGAUGUCUGCUCCUGGUACUAAAACAACAGGAGCUGAAGAGGACUGACAGGAAGAGCAUGGAGGCAGCUCACCUUCCCCUGCACCCUGCGGCAACGUCACUGUUGGGGGUCUUUGCAAAUUAUGCAAAGACCCCACACAGUGACAGUGCUGCUUUAACCCACAGGUGAAUUACAUUUGCUGUGUCUGUUUGUGCCCUCCCCCCCAUCAUACCUCAUUUGUUUUUCCUUCUUUUAGUUUAAAUGUGAAACAUUCCUUAUUUUGUUUUCUUCUGUAGACCUGUAUGGCCAUGUAAUCAGUUUUGCCUUGUUCCUUUUUAUUUUUUUUAUCUUAUUACUUGGAGCUCAUGAACUAAAUUUAUAUAGCUUGACAAUUCUUAAUACAUUUUAAUUGGCGUUUAGAAUACUCAGUCAAAAUGCAUGUCAUGGAUUUUGCUAAAAUAUAAGUGGCAACAUAGCAUUUUGUGAUGUACUGUGCCACAGCAUAAAAAGCCGAAUUUUGAGCACUUAUUUCCUUAAGGAUUGCAAUAGUGACUUAUAUUUCUAACACCGAGAGCUUCUUAAGAAGGAUAAGGAUUAUUUUACCCGGUAAUGCUGACUCUGCAUGUAUGACAUGCUUUGUGACAGCUGCAAAAAGACUGAAAGCCAUUUAUUUAUUUAUUUUUGUGUCACUUCACAGUGAUUGAAAAUGACACAAGAUGUAUAUAGAGCAUGCAUUAUCAAAAUCACUUUUUGCUACCCCACGGAUAUGGUUUUGGCACUCCUUUGCAGUAGUGGUCUUAAGCGCAGUCAUUUCACACAGUAAAUUAAUGAUUAAUAUAAUAAUGGUUAUAGCUUACUCAUUCUAUGCAGCUGCAACUCCUACAACAGAAUGAUCAAUGAACCAUAGUUUACGUAUUUGACACAAUAAACACCCUACCAUGAAUAUUUUUGUAUAUAUAUUUUUUUUAAAUUGUAUUUUGUUGUUUGGAUCAUAGCUGCACAGGUGGAAGACUGUUUCGAAUUAAUAGCCAUGCAGUUGUUUCUUUAUAGUUGUAGUGUGUUCAGUCUGCAUUUUUGAAUGUCUUACAGUUACUUUUUCUACCAACAGGAUGAAUUUUUGGAUGUGAUCUACUGGAUCCGUCAGAUCUUGGCUAUUAUAUUGGGAGUGAUCUGGGGAAUUGUACCGCUGAAGGGUUUUGUGGGUAUAGCAAUGUAAGUAUUGUCUAUUAAGACUUCAUAUAGAGUCUUGUAUGUCCUGUUAUUUUCUUCAGAUAUUAUAUACUGGGGUUAUAUCUACCAUUGGUGAUAGACAAAGAGUGUCUGUUGAUACCCAUAGCCCAUCACUACUGCCUAAGGGAGACUCUUCUGCAUUGGAGCUGGAUGAGGAGGGUAAAAAGGGUGCACUGUAUAGGCAAUAUAGAAAGGACUUUAUUAAACUUUUUUUAAGAACAAUUUAAGCCCAUAAGAUAAGAUGCUACCCAUGACCUUCAGACACCAUAACAAUUUUAUUGAGAUCAAUUGUUCUGUAGCCCAGAGCGGUCCUUUUAAUCGUUUUGAUCGAUCUAUCAUUCAUCUCAAACAAGGGGAAGCACACUCUCGGGAAUUUUUACAUCAAACUUUUCACUGCUUUUUUUUUUUUUUUUUAUCCCAAAAGCUGUCAAUCACGGCACAUCUAUGUUUUAGUCUCAACAGGAGGCUUUUCUCAAGACAUAGUAUUGCACAAUGAACAAACUUAAAUACCCUUCCAGAUAUCCAAAGUGAGGCUGACAGGGAAAAGUAGGCGUGAACACCCAUAAUCAGUGAAUUAACUACUAAAAUAACAAGGGCUGAGCAUCUGUGUCUGUCCUGCCUAAAAGUGCAAAACAAUAAAGAUAUAGACUUGAUCACACUACUACCAAGCAAUCACACAUUAUAGUCAAACUUUUAAGUCUAUAUCCUAAAUUAAGAAAAGAUCCCAAUUAGACAGUGACCAAAACCUAUAUGCACUUGAGAAGAAGGGGAGAGAAAUGGUAGGUAGGUAUGUUUGUGUGUGUGUGUGUAUAUAUAUAUAUAUAUAUACAUACACACACACACACACACACCUUGGUUGACAGUAGAAAAGAGCUGAGUAAAAAGAUAAUGUACUGAACUACAUAAUGUAUAACAAGGUUGAACUGCACGACAUGUACUACAGGCUUUUGCACAAGCCGGUAUGCUAUAACGUUUGUCUUACUGUUUGCGCCAAGUUUACAAAAUUGAAAAAUAAAGAAUUUUAAAAAAAAAUCUAUCUAUAAUCUCCACCAGAGGGUGCUGCGGGAUCUUGAUAGGUUUAGAAGUAAAAUGCUUAAAAGUGUAAAUAUCCAGUGAUACUGGUUACAAAAAAUACAAUAUAUACGUUAAACACGUUUAUUAAAUACCACACUCGCACAUAUUAAAUAACAUUUCAUAGUCACAAUUUUAAAAAUUGCUAAAUUGUUGUUUUGGUGGUUCUGAGAUGGUUAUGUGAUUUCUUCUAUCCUCUGGUCUCUUUUAAUCAUUAAUUUUUAUUUUUAUUUUUUUUAUUCUGCAGAUUUUGUGUGCUAAAUGCCGGCAUACUGUACCUGUAUUUUAACAGCUUCCAACAAGUAGAUGAGGAAGAAUAUGGGGGAACUUGGGAACUUACGAAAGAAGGGUUUAUGACAUCAUUUGCCCUUUUCUUGGUACCUCCUUCUUUUGUGUUUUUAUAUAUAAUGAUAGACAUUAAGUAGGAUAAAGUGUAAAAUUACCAUAUUUUAAAUAUUGUUGGCCUGGAAUAAAUUCAUUCCUGUCGCUUUACUGUUAAAAAAAAAAUAUAUAUAUAUAUAUAUAUUUUUUUUUUUUAAUUUUUUUUUUAAAUAUCCAAUUACAACAAUCAAUAGUAAGUAGUUGUCAUUUUAUGUGUUUUAUCCCCUUGCUUUUUGAUGUCAUCCACAAAAUGUUUGAGUGACAAUGUCAACAUUACUAUUAUUGCACUAAAAAAAAUCAUUAGUAAAAGUAUAUAAUUAAAUUGGGGGGGGAAACGUUAAUCUACUUUCAAAGUAGCCAUUACUGUGGCUGUGAGCAGAUGGCGUGCCUACGUAUACAGUGCUAAGUGUUGCAUUAAGCAAUACACAUUAUGGGAGGAAAUAAUCUGACAGUGUGUAACUUCAGACAAAAACAAAAGCUGAAAGAUUGAGAGUAUGGCGUGUGCGGCAAUGCACUCACCUGAAUAUACAUUAUAAGAGUGUUGCUGUGACUAUCGAAGCGCUCCACUUUAAACAAGUUUAAAAGCAGAUAGAGCUUUUUAAGACACCUUUGUUAUAAAAAAAAUUAGCAUAGAUUUAGUUAUAUAAUGUGUAAACAUGUCACUAUUCAGAGUACCCAGUUUUUGGCAGAAGAGAGAGAGAUAUAUAUAUAUAUAUAACUAUACCAAGGGUAGGCAACUUUCAGCACUCCAGAUGUUGUGGACAGCAUCUCCCCUCAUGCUUUGCCAGCAUUAUGGGAACUGUAGUCCACAAUAUGUGGAGUGCCAAACAUUACCUACCCCUGGACUAUACCUUGCACCUAAUGUAUAUCCUUUUGAAUGUUAUUGAAAUUUCAUUUACAGUAUAUCCACUAGGUGGAGCUGGUGUCAGUUAUAGAAGAGAUCACACCACUCUGUACAGUACUACAAUUAAUAGUACAUUCAAAAACGCUAAAUGUUAGCUAUUAGAUAUGCCAUAUUUAGCUGUGCAUUAGAUAUAUUGUUUUAUUUUAACUAACUUUUGUCAAUAUAAAAAAGUAUCCUCUCUAUUUUCAUAUUAAACAAGUAGUGAGUACCCUAUUUUAAUAGUAUUCUAUUGUUCUAUUGUUGAGAUAAGCAUUCCAAACCAUUUUGUAAUUCUUUCAUUAUUGUCUUAUGUAGCCUACUGAUUUCAGGAAAACCAGUAAAUUGAAUGUCUUACGAAGUUAUGUACCUUCAUAGACACUGAUUUAAUAGUAGUUAUGUAAUUGAAAGGGGAUUUGGACGUUACUAUUACAUCAUGGAUUUUAUUCCAAGCUUACGAUAGACAAAACAUGUCACAUUUGUGUUUUACAGACCACUUUUAAUCGAAGCAUUGGUAAAGAAUACUGCAUGUAGUUUCAAUAUAAAACAAGUACUUUGUGAACAUAGGUAGUAUUCUAUCCUUUGCUGGAUAUAUAUAUAUAUAUAUAUAUAACAGUGGCCACCUCUGUUAAUCUGAAAGAGCGUGCCAGGCUCUCCAAAUUGCUGUCCUUAGCUAGCCUAGUGACAUGUAUAUCACUAUGUAUCCAAGGGAGAGAGUGGAUCGGUGUAUUUAGGCGUAAUUGAUAAUGUGUCAUUAUAUCUGAUAGAAAGUGUGUCUGUAUGCAAGAAUGUGAUUAGGCGAUAUGGGGCUUCUGACAUUCACUUUUAUAUAUGCCAUUAAUUUUCCUAAAUAUAAGAUCAUGUUUGAAGAUCAUCUCAUGCAAACAAAUUGUUCCUCCGAUGUAUUUGAAAAAACCUGACACUUUUUUUUUUUUUUUCCUUUUUUUCUUACAGGUAGUGUGGGUCAUUUUCUAUACCGCAAUACACUUUGAUUGACAUGGAUUUUUAGCUCCCUUUUUUGCCAAACUUUUUUUUUUUUCCUCCACUUUUUGAGGAACUAAGAUUUCCCCCCCCCCCUCCUCCUCCCAUAGCCCCAAAUUAAGGCCUACUGUAGACACUGUGGAGUGUACUAAAGAUUAACAUUAUUAUUAUUUUUUUUUAUUUAUUUUUUUUUAAACAACACUCAUUGACUGAUUUAUUGUUUGAAACUCUGCCAGUGAUAGCCGAGAGUCCUCAUGAAAUGGAUCAGUUAACCUUGGAGGUGCCAGCCUAUUAACUGCCAUAGAUACCCACAGCAGAGAAACUAAGUGGUCAGCUUCCUUUUCCACUUAAAAGAUCACAUGGUCCAAUUUCAGUGUCUUCCUUGCGUUUCGCCGGUGUCCCAGAUCUAGUUUCCAGAAUCUGACACUGCUUCUCCUUAUUGAUGCUACUCCAGACAUUCUGGAUAUUUUUACAAUGGAACAUUGAGGGCUACUGCUGACAAUUUUUUUAAACCAGAAAAUGUAAUGGAGAGUACAGCUGUAAAAUAAAUUCUUGACAUUUCUUCUACCUGGACAAACCGCAAUGUUUUAAUUCUUUCUCCAACCCUUUGUUGGCCAAGAGAUUUAAAAUAUUUUCUAGGCUCCUCAUUAGGGGUUGAGAAAGCCUUGAUCCUUUCUACAUGACAGUAUUGAACAAAAUGGUAUUUAAGCUGGUGAGACUGUGUUUUUCAAUUAAAGUUGAUUGAUUACUUUCCUAUUUUACUACUUGUGUAUUUGUAUCUAGUGGGGCAGGAAAUCUUCUUAUAAGCUUGAAUAGGCACCUGGAAACUCAUCGG